AUCGUUAUGAAAAUAGUGCAUAUCGACUGCACCUGAUACCAGAACUCUCACAGUCACUCCCGAUCCGAACUCGGAAGGGCCAGUAGAAUCGGUCCCGCUCCGAGUCCUGCAGUUUCUGUCGUGGGCUCAGAGUAGCACAGCGUCAGACUCGUCGCGAAAGCACCUUUUGGUUGUUUCGCAGUCGUGUGAUCAUUCAAUUAUGGGUAGUGCUGAGAGAAUGCGGACGAAACGACGGUUCACCCUCGAGCAAUCUAUGCUCAUACUCGAAUAUUCAAUCGCUCCAAUAGCAUGUUGGCCACUGCCAGCGGGAGCUAGUGCCUGGGACGUCCGAUUGCGCAAUAUUUGGUGGUGGAUUGCAUUUAUUCAUUCAACUUUAUCUACCAGCGGUUGGAUCUGGCAUAUUUAUCUGAACUCGAACGACUUCGAUGUUGCCAUGAAAUCUGUUUCGGAAUUGUUCCCUAUGUCCGCUGUGUGCCUAAAAAUGAUAAUCUGCAGAAUAGAAGCAUCCCGAUUGCAGGAUUUGCUGGCCGAAAUGAAUUCCUUUCUGAGGAACGCAACGGCAGAAGAAUGGAAACUGCUCAUGCGAUACUACGACAGAUACUUCACAUCGCAUUCGAUUUUUUUUGCCAUAUCGAUCCUCAUAAUAUUGUUCUACAUAUUUGAACCAGCGGUGAUAUCAGACCAGCCCUUUCCGGGGACAGUUGCGUAUCCAUUUUCCGUGGAGCCCUUUUGGAUCUGGGCAAUUGUGUACCUUUCCCAAGUCUUUUUUUUCAUACAAGCUGGAAGUAUGUUGAUGAUAGACUUGAUGUAUGCCACUUUACUCUGGUACGCUAGUGCUAAAUUCGAAUUGUUAGCAAUCGAAUUUUUAAACGCAACCAACGAGGAUGAAUUCAGACGCUGCGUUAAGAAACAUCAAGAACUAAUGGAGUACUUCGUGAAAUUUAGGACCAGCAUGGCCAGAAUGGCCGUGGUAAUGAUCACCGUAGCCAUGUCUGCCGUUUCCACCGGAGGCUUCAUACUGAUUCGCAAUCACCUGUUGUUCGAAUUCGCGAAGUAUAUCGUCUUCGAAAUGAUUGCCGCAAUUCAGGUGUUGUUGUUUGCAUGGCCUUCAGACCAUAUAUUGGAAAUGGGUGAAAAAUUACGACAGUCGGUCUACAAUUGCGCAUGGGUAGGCAAAUCACCACGAAUGCUCAAAGACUUGAUCAUCGUUUUGCAAAGAUCGAAGAGUCCACCAGUCAUUGCUAUCGAAGGUUUUCUACCCGUCCUGUCACUCGAAUUUUUCGGAAAUUGCGUAGCGGCCAGCUUCUCAUACAUUGCAACGUUACGAGCUGUUGCUGGAGACUGAGGACUACGUAAUUCUGAUGAUUGCGAAAGAUAUAUCAUGGUGGCUUGCCCCACUUCUAGAUUGAAUAGCAGUUAUAGUGAAAUCACAUCACAUUAACAACGAAUGUAAAGUCUGUAAAACUUAUCAAUUCUUGCAAUCACUACCAUGUAUCUUUUUAGUAGUAAAGGUUACGAUUGUACUACA